GCCGGAUUCGUGAAGGUGGUGAAGAACAAGGCGUACUUCAAGCGCUUCCAAGUCAAGUUCAAGAGGCGUCGGGAGGGCCGCACCGACUACUACGCCCGUCGCCGACUGGUGGUGCAGGACAAGAACAAGUACAACACGCCGAAGUACCGCAUGAUCGUCCGCUUCACCAACAAGGACAUCAUCUGCCAGGUGGCCUACGCCAAGAUCGAGGGCGACCAGGUGGUCUGCGCCGCCUACGCCCACGAGCUGCCGCGCUACGGCGUCAAGGUCGGCCUGACCAACUACGCCGCCGCCUACUGCACCGGCCUCCUCCUCGCCCGCCGCCUCCUGCAGAAGUUCAAGCUCGAUGGCAUCUACAAGGGCGCCGAGGAGGUGACCGGCGACCAGUUCUUCGCCGAGGAGCAGGAGGACCAGCCCGGCACCUUCCGCUGCUUCCUCGACGUCGGCCUCGCCCGCACCACCACCGGCGCCCGCGUCUUCGGCGCGAUGAAGGGCGCCAGCGACGGCGGCAUCGACAUCCCCCACUCGACGAAGCGCUUCCCCGGCUACGACGCCGAGGCGAAGGAGUUCAACGCCGAGGUGCACCGAGAGCACAUCUUCGGCAAGCACGUCGCCGACUACAUGAAGAACCUGCUGGAGGAGGACGAGGAGGCCUACAAGAAGCAGUUCAGCAAGUACAUCAAGCUCGGCGUCACCGGCGACGAGAUCGAGGGCAUCUACACCGCAGCCCACGCCGCCAUCCGCAAGGACCCGUCGCCGCCGGCGAAGAAGGAGCACAAGAAGCCGACCGGGCCGAUCAAGAAGUACCACCUGCCGAAGCAGACGCUGGCCGCCAAGAAGAACAAGGUCGAGCAGCGCAAGAAGGCCGUCCUGGCGAGAAUCAAGGCGGAGGCUGCCGAGGCCUAG